AUGCUCAAAUGCACGGUAAAUGGAUGUUCGCGCAGAUUCAGUAAACCUGCCAGUCUCCAGACUCACAUUCAAACCCAUAGCACACAUGGUGCAACCAGCAAACCCAAACCCUACCGAUGCUCAAUGUGUCCUCAAACCUUUUCUCGCAGCCAUGACUUGAAGCGUCAUUACUAUAUUCAUUCACAGGAUAAACCACACACAUGUCCUCGAUGUGGCAAGGGAUUUUCACGACGAGAUGCAUUAAAAAGACAUCAGCGAUCUGUACUUCAAGGCAAAAAGGUGCACUGCAACCCAAUUGAUCCAAAUGCACCCAUGCCGACCUUGUCCGAUCUAGAGUCGGAUAACGACGACUGA